AUGGCAACUGAAGACCCAGGAGACGUCAUCUAUCUGUCCAGCGAUGAUGAAGAAGAGGUUGUAGCUCCAGCCACCAAGAAGAGGUCUCUCGAGGAAACAUCCGACGCGAAGGAAACUUCUUCAGCUCCCGAGUCUAAGCGCUCGAGAAAGAAUGGUCCUGUCACACGCUCUUCCGCGACCAAAAAAUCACUAGAUGAAGACCAGAAAUCUUCGAAUGGCUCGUUGAACACUGGUGGAUCUUCCACCGGGGAUUCCGCACUUGGAGGUACGGAUAAUAUUCCUGACUUUAAGCAUUUGGAAUGGAGCUUCAAGUUGCCCGACACUUCCGAGAGCAAAAGCGGCUCCUGGCUCAAAAGAUUCAAAGUCUGGGUCAAAGCAUUUGUGCAAAUGAAUUCAACCAUAAGUCAAGGUAUCGACGCGCAUGUGGCUGAGUCUGCUUACGCUUGGUACAUUGAUCACAUGGGAGGAAUGAAGCCGAAGAAGAAAAAGAGUGCCAAGCAAGUCGCGAAAGAGUUUGAAAGCACCGGCGAACUCGGUGCUUUCCUCCAAAGUCUCCUACCCAAGGGGCCUGGACCUAAUCAGUCAACCCUGGACAGUUGGGUGACAAAGGAGCCGAAAAAGGAACCCGUCCACAAAGGCAAACGCUCUCGCGGUUCUAGUGUAAGCGAGGGAGAGAUCGAUGAAGACGAGUCUGAAAGCGAAGCUGAAUACGAACCAACACUUGGCACAAGUGAAAGAAAGGGAGGAGAGUCCAGUGAAGCCAAUGGCGACUCGGCAUCUAAAGUUUCAAAUCAUCAGAGUUUGCCGAUAAUCGAAACGCACAGAAAAGUUCCCACCGGAAACGAUGCGUUGGAACAACAGCGGAGAUACUUCCCAUCAGCCAGUGACCCUGCCCAAAUGUGUCUUCUCUGCGGCUUGAACACACACUUGGCGCCCAGCUGUCCGACGCUUGUCUGCUCAUCAUGUGGAAGUCUAGACCACUCGAUUAUAUGCUGCCCUGAGAAGGAAAGGUGCAGGAAAUGUCGCCAGGUUGGCCAUCAAGCAAGCGGCUGCACUGAGAAGCUGGCGUUGACCAAAGAGGAAGGACUUGCUUGUGUGUUCUGCAAUUCAACAGAUCACCUUGAAGAGGAGUGCAUAGAAGUGUGGCGAUCGUUCCGCCCAGAUGUGUCUACGGUCAGAAAGGUCGCGUUCAUUCCUGCGUCGUGUUCUGUGUGUGGAAGUGAUGGGCACUUUUCCUCGGAUUGCAAGACUCAGCGCACCGAGCUGUCUAACCCUACCUGGUCUGUGAAGAACCGCGACCAAUACAUCGACCCUAAUUGUGGUAUGGCAACGAUCGAGGAGGCGAUAGGAGGAAAUACAACCGGCAGAUCCGCAAAGGCUCCUGAGCUCAGGAUCCGCGGCCACGCUGCGCGGACUACAAACGUACACUACUCUGAGAGCGACGACUCGGAGAUGGAAUUUUUAGGGCAUAAACGCGUUCAGAAACCAGCCGUCGGACAAAUUCGAAUGGCCAGUAACAUUCAGAUGCCAAACACGCAAAACGGCCGGCCACGAAGGAACCCCAGGCAGAACGGACAAGUCCAGCCUCCCCUCCCUCCUGGACCCCCUCCUCCUGGGCCACCACCGUCUAUGCGAGGGUUAGGUUCAUUCUCGUCACUCCCACGAAAGCCUCCUCCACGAGACUUCAGAAAUGUCCCCCCACCAUCUCCCCCUCGAGGCCCGCAGGGACAGGGGAGAUCGCACGGCAAUAACGCACCUCCAUCUUCUAAGCCAAGAGGGGGUGGGCGUGGCGGCCGAGGUGGACGGGGAGGAGGAGGUCGUGGAAGGGGAAGGGGCAGGGGCAAAUAG